GACACCGGCGGGCUGGAGCGUGGAGCUGCCUGCAGCGGGCAGCGCGCUUCCCUCUUUCCCUUCCCCGCCCCGCCUCAAGCUCGCUCUCUCUGGAUGUUUAAGGCGAGGAUGAACAAACAGAUCCAGCCCGACCGUAAAGUGUCGGUGGUAGCCCCUCUGCCGGAGCGCCCGGGGCCGUCUCCCCCGCGGAAGGACGUGGAGCUGAUCCUGGUGAAGGAGCACAACGGCGUGCAGUACACCAGCAGCAACCUCCUGCCCGCCGCCCCCGCGCCCCGCUACGGCCCCCAGGACAGGGAGACGUGGGGCAAGAAGAUCGACUUCCUCCUCUCCGUCAUCGGCUUCGCCGUGGACCUGGCCAACGUCUGGAGGUUCCCCUACCUCUGCUACAAAAAUGGAGGGGGUGCUUUUCUUAUUCCCUACAUCCUCUUCCUAAUCAUUGCUGGAAUGCCCCUGUUCUAUAUGGAAUUAGCACUGGGACAGUACAACCGAGAAGGAGCUGCCACUGUGUGGAAGAUCUGUCCAGUGUUCAAAGGUGUAGGCUAUGCAGUGAUACUCAUAGCUCUUUACGUGGGUUUCUACUACAACGUUAUCAUAGCUUGGUCUCUGUAUUAUCUAUUUUCAUCAUUCACAUUUGAGCUCCCCUGGACGAACUGCGACAACAGUUGGAAUAGCCCAAACUGCACAGAUCCCAAACUCUUCAACGCGUCAGUGCUUGGCAAUGGCACCAAAUACUCCAAGUACAAGCUCACUCCUGCUGCUGAAUUUUAUGAGCGAGGAGUUCUGCACCUGCAUGAAAGCCGUGGAAUCCAUGACCUUGGCUUGCCUCGCUGGCAACUUUCCCUCUGCCUCUUGGUGGUGGUAAUCAUUCUUUUCUUUAGUCUGUGGAAAGGCGUGAAGACUUCAGGAAAGGUUGUAUGGAUAACAGCCACUUUGCCUUACGUUGUAUUAUUUGUCUUGUUAAUACAUGGAAUAACCCUGCCUGGUGCAUACAAUGGAAUAAAUGCAUAUCUGCAUAUAGAUUUCAGAAGAUUAAAAGAAGCCACAGUAUGGAUUGAUGCAGCUACUCAGAUAUUUUACUCCUUAGGAGCUGGGUUUGGUGUUUUAAUUGCAUUUGCCAGUUACAAUAAGUUUGACAACAACUGUUACAGGGAUGCUUUGCUGACUAGUACCAUUAACUGUGUCACAAGCUUCAUCUCAGGAUUUGCAAUUUUCUCCAUACUGGGCUACAUGGCUCAUGAGCAUAAAGUUAAAAUUGAGGAUGUAGCCACUGAAGGAGCUGGUUUAGUUUUCAUCCUCUAUCCAGAGGCAAUUUCAACUCUCUCAGGAUCUACAUUUUGGGCUGUGGUAUUCUUCAUCAUGCUCCUUACUCUUGGCAUUGAUAGCUCUAUGGGUGGAAUGGAGGCUGUCAUCACUGGCCUGGCGGAUGAUUUCCAUAUUCUGAAGCAGCAUAGAAAGCUCUUCACCUUCGGUGUUUCAUUUGGCACUUUCCUUCUUGCCCUUUUUUGCAUCACCAAUGGUGGAAUUUAUGUGCUCACGCUUCUGGACACAUUUGCAGCUGGGACUUCAAUAUUGUUUGCUGUUUUAAUGGAGGCGAUUGGAGUUUCCUGGUUUUAUGGUGUAGACAGAUUCAGUGAAGAUAUCCAACAAAUGAUGGGCUUCAAGCCAGGCCUCUACUGGAGAUUGUGCUGGAAGUUUGUUAGCCCUGCUUUUCUGUUGUUUGUUGUAAUAGUCAGCAUAAUAAACUUCAAACCUCUGACUUAUGAUGACUACACCUUCCCUUUCUGGGCAAAUCGCAUUGGCUGGGGAAUAGCAUUAUCUUCAAUGAUACUUGUGCCUGCCUAUGUUAUCUAUAAAUUUAUGAAUGUGCGUGGGACCUUUAAAGAAAGACUAGCUUACUGCAUCACACCUGAAAAUGAACACCAGCUUGUGGCCCAAGGAAAUGUCAGGCAGUUUAAGCUUCAACACUGGCUAACAAUAUGACAACCAACAGGUCAAGAAAAAAAAAAACAUAUGUUAAAGCUAAACUAGGAAUACAGAAAAGUCAAGUUCAAAGCUCCCUCAGUGAUGCUUGGACCAGGCUGGCUCAGAGCUUACCUACUGACUCUCUGAGGGAAGAUAUCUGCUCUCUGUUGUCAAUGCCUCCCUUCUAUUACUUGGCUUCAAAUGAUCUUUAAAGACUCUGUUUAUUUUUUCUUAUAUCUUUUGGUGCCAUGAGAUCCCUACGUGACCAAAACUUGUGAGUUUUACUAUUAGCAGAAGUGGAGGAGGGGGGAAUAGAGGGGGGAAAAAAAAAAAAAAAGCAAUCAACAUACAUUAAAUGCUCUUUUAUCUUGAAGAAGUGAAUUCAACUUUUCUGACAGUAAUAAUUACUUCAGAUACUUGUGCCACGACCUGAUUUAAACCAAGAACUGAAUGUUCUUAGAUCUAAAGAAAGGGUACAUCUCAAUUGUGAGGAAAGAGCAACUUUAUCUACAUAUUAAUGUCAUUAGCUUUCUUGCCAUGCUAUCCUUUGGGAUAUGAGUUUGCAUCCUUCUGAAAUGAAGACUCAGUGCUUCAUUUUCAGUGGUUUGUUAAUAGUUUCUUCUCUUGGUGAAGAAGGUUGUCCUUACUGUAUACAUCUGUGCCAUUUUCUGUCCAUUUAAUCCAACAGGCUGAGAAGUAACAGGAACAGAACCCAUGCUGGAGCUACUAAGUACAGAAUCCAGUUUAAUAUCACACUGUAUUUAGUGAAAAUAUAUUAUGACAACAAUAAAAAUAGCUUUAUCAUACAAUCAAUACUUUACUGAUUCUUUCAGUUAAUUGUAAAACAUUUCGUACAAAUAGUCACACAAUCAACUUUUUGUUUUACUUUGUGUCAAAUAAAGUACCAUAUAUAAAAUACAUAGAAAGAGAUAAUGAUUUUUAUAAUUAUUUAAAUCUACCCAGAAGCACCAAAAUACCAAACUUUGGUUUUAUUCUUCUAUUGUAAGCAAUCUAUUAUUAUUAUAGUCUUACUGGAUUCACCUACCAAAACAUAGCAAGAUUGUACUGAACAACUUAGAAGAAGAAGUCUACUCCUGCUCUUCUCUGGUAGCAUUAUGCAAGCUAGAAGAUACAGAACAAACUCUGCAUUUGGGUGCUGUUCUCAUUCUCUGUGGCACAUAUCACUGUAGCAUUUUCCCAGUGAUCAGUAGAUGUGGUAGCUGAGUUACUUCUUGUAGUUAUUUAUUACUAGGUAAGCUUUUUCAGAAGCUGUAGCUUCUCAACUGAAUCCAGCCUGGAGUUUACCUCUGGACCUUACCUCUGAUAUUAUUUUUUUUUCCUCUGUGUAUUCAAUUCAGCUUUUUUUUUUACAUGUAUGUAAUGCUUCUUUUUAAAGAAGCUUUGAAGGAUGGAGCUUUCUUUUUUAUUUAUAAAGCUUGGGGGUUUCUGUGUUUUUUUUUUCCUCUCCUGUUUUUAAAAUUGUCCAAUUUAAAAGCCCCAAGCGAUUUUAGCCUUUUUCAUUUAGCAUUGAUUUGUCUACAAAAUAACAGCAAGAAAAUUUCUCUCCUUAUUCAUCCUUUUCCUCCAACAGAAUCAAUACUUUAGAAAGAAUAGAGCAUUAUCUCUUCUUCUUAAAGAGAUUGUGUGACAAAGCAGUGGUUUUAUUUAAAUAUGGCUUUAAAUCCAAAGGACACUGUCUCCUACUUAUAAAGGCAGACAUUUUCUGGCCCAGUUGAUGGCCAAUAGAGGCUUAAACCAUGUUAUUAAAUAUAUUUCAAUAAUAAAGGAGUUUCAGAAGGUUGCUGUUCUAGUUCUGUAAUUACCUGAAAGUCCAUACAAUGAAAGUGUUGAUUGCUUCAAAGAAGAGGGGAAAAGGAAAAAAAAAAAUACAACUCACCACCAUUCCACCAGCUUUAUAGGUAAUCCCUUUUUUAUUGUUUGCUAAACUACAGGGAGAUCUUUUCAUUGUUAUAAAGCUUAUUUUUCAAUACAGCUGCUUCAGUUACUGGAUCUGCAGGGUUCAGAAAUCUAACAAAGUUACCAAGUUUUGAAACUCUUGGAGGGCUCUUUAAUGUGGAGCUUUAACAGCUAGUCACAUUAUUUAUGGUUUUGCUCGUGUCUGUAAACGCUAACAACUGGCACCAAUGCUCACUUGUAAGACACCCCACUACCACUCACAGAGGAAAUGUUGUUUCAUCACCACUCUGCUUUGAAAUAGGUCUAAUUUAUUUAAGAGGGGAGUGAAAUCAGCUGCAUCCAGCAUUUCAGGGUUUGACUGUAUUUUAAAUACUAACUCCCAAGGCAAUGAUCCACUUAAUUAUUUUUAUUGCUGUUAUUGUUUAACUUCUUAAGUUUAGUGUAAUAUUUAUAGCACAGGACUCUACUGCACCAUUGCCAUCUUUUUCUGAAGUUUGACAGACAAAGCUUAUCAUCUAAACAGAAAGUAAAAGGGAAAUCAGAGAGAGUGGGAAAACUAUUACAGGGAAUAGUGCUAAUGGAAAAGAUAGUUCAUGAUGCAUGAUAGCACAGCUAGGAUUUAAGUUCAAGAUUUUGUCCAGAGGAAGUCUCUCCAAAAUGAAAACUUAAUUCUGUCCUAGAGAACAACGUUCUCAAUUCCCACAGAAUAAGAUACUCAACUACCUCAUGCCUCCUUGAUAAUAAACGAUGCCACUAGAAACAAAUUAAUACCCUUUCAAGUAACAAAAAAAGCUUUGUGAAGACUAAGUAUAUAAAACAGGCACAACUCUGGUACUCAGCUUCUUUCAAACUCCUUGUUUGAUCUCCCUAAUACAUUUUCAAUACUGAAAAUACCAAAUGCCACUAACAUAUUCAUUUCCAUUCAGUUCAACCACUGUCAAUAAGGAGAUCUCCCAGUCAGGUUCUUAUUAGCCAGGUAGUUACUCACCUGCAAGUCUUCCUCCAAGGCUGUCUUGAAUUUUCAGCCAAGCAGUAGCUCACCAUUUCCGCAUCCACUGGGGGAGCAGACCCACUCUGGGGACUGGUGCCCUCCCAAACAUCCCCAUGCAAUGACAAGGUGAAGUAAGCUGAUGAAGUAAAACAGCCCACUUCCAAAAAAUAAAAGUUUUGGUUGCAAGCUCAUUCAAGAUGCAAUGUCAUUGGCUUGCUAAUUAACUUGGCUGUUUUGGUAGCAAGCCCCUGGGGAGAAUGGGGUGAAGCAUAUGAAUAGAUAGUUCAACUGUUCUAGAAAAACAUGGUCUUGAAAGCUUUGUUUUAACUCAAUAAAGGCUGGCAUACAUUAGCAUCUCUUUUCUGACCAACCCUCCCUUCUUCCCUGUCACUGAAAAAGACCUGCCUGAAAUCCAUGUUGUUUUACCAAGUCUUAAAUUUAACUAACACCAAAGAAAGAUCCUCCAUUUUACUUUGUACUUCUGCUGUCAUCCAGCAGGAUGAUCUUUUAUACAGUUGUUACUUUUCUGUAGUUAAAAUACUAAAACUCCAGGGUUUUAGAAUCUAGUAGAAAGUCGGUGGGUCCUUCAUAGGCAACAGCCCAUAAAGCAGUAUUUUGUGUUUGGUCUCUAAACCAAAGCUUUUUUUUUUUUUUUGUCAGUCUUUCUUGUGUUCUCUCAUGUGCUGAUGCAUACACCCUGGCAACACUUGAAAGAUAUCUUACCAUAGUGAGGGAUUUUGCAGGAAAUCCAGGAUCAAACAUAAUAUUUUAAAUAUAGAAUACAGGAGGAGAAGUACUUGGCUGUUACUAUUGUACAUGUUCCCUAACUGCACGUGCAACGUAUGUUGUAUGUAAUUUUCCCAGAGGAAGUUCCCUAUAAUUGGCCAUUUCUUCCUAGCAAAAUAACUUUUAAAUGCUAUUAUUAAAAAAGUCAAGCUCAAACAUCUUGUAUAUAUACACACGCUCCUAGUCUAUUGUUUUGACAUGAAUUAUGUUUACUUUGUACUGUUAGGUUGUAGGAGGAGGGCACGUAGAAAGUCAUUUUUCUUUUAAUGCCUAUUUUACAGUUCUUAUGAUUAAUACAAUAGUCAUUAAGAAACUUUUUUUUUGGAGCCGGUAGCUUUUAUUCUCUUCCUAGCCUGAUUCUGCUAAGUUUCAUGAGGCACUGGCAAACAAUCUUUCCUAACAUCCAAAUUUAAACCAUAAAUCAGGAAUUUAAAAAGAUGAGACUUACAAAUGUCUUAUUUGCUUUGCCCAGUUAAAAUAUUUUAAAUGGGCCUGAGGUACCCAGUCAUAAACAGCUAUCACAUCUCCUAUGAUGGCUUGUAGGUUACCUGAGAGGAUUAUGUCUGUAUUUUACUGCUCUGAGGGACUCAAAAUACAUUUAUUCUAAUACAUUUUAUUUUCUCUGGGCUAAUAUUCAAAGUCCACAGGUUAGCUGAUGUGCCAGAACUGAAUUUCCCUGUAUUAAAGGCCACCAUGAUGUUUCAGGUUGAUACCAUGAAGAUGAUGUUUGGCUAUUCUAUCAGGAUACAGUUAUUUUAGAAACACUUUCAGAUGCUUUCCUCAGAAAGAAAACACAUCACUGAUUUUCAGAGAGGAUCAGAGAAGGAAAAGAUUGCAUCUUAAAGAUCCAUUUCAAGUAUUUCUGUUCUAUGGAAAAGGGUUCCUUUGGUUCAACCAUUUCAGUCCUUGUGACAGGCUGAAAUGGGAAAAAAACACCAAGCACUUGCUUCACUCUACUCCACAUUCUCAAUUUUUGCCAGCCAUCAGACAAGGGUGCUCAAAAUGACCAAGUAAGCAUGCACAUGUCCUUUAUAUGUGAUGAAAAAUAGAGUUGCUUGGUUUUGCCUGCUUAAGUUUACCAGGGGAAGACCUGUACACCAUGCCACGUGUAGAGGAACCAAGACAAAAUAUUUCACAUAUUUUGUACAUUGCUCAUAACAAAAAUUACAUAAGUUCAAGACUUUCAACUGGUAAUUUGUACAGCAGCACCUAACACUGAGAACAAAUUUAGACACAUCUAUACGCAUCAGAUAUUGACCACUAUCAAGACAGAUGUGUCAACCAGCAAAUAUCACCAGCUGCUUUUAAUGGCAGCAUUUGAUCACUUUUCCUUCUCCAUCUAAAACCUGAAUAUAUUCAGACAACUUUCAACUGCUACAUGACUGACAUUCACAAAAGCACACAGAAAAUGAAGAUAAGUAACAGAAAUCACAACUAUUCAGCAGGACUGUUCUCCUUCAAAGACACCUAGAUGUAAGUGCUGAGCAAGUGGUUGGAGACAGAUGGCAUCAGGGAACAGGAAGGAAGGCUGAAGUCAGAGCCUAGAGUUCAUUCAGAGGAACCAUAAUGCCAGGAGUUGUGUGCUGAGGGCAGUGAGUGUUUUUGUGCCUAAGCACUGACAGAAAGACUGGGCCACCUGUGUGUUAUGCUUUCCUCCUUUCUAAAAGUGUUUUUUUAGUUGCCAUGUUCGACAACAGCUGCUUAAUUUCUUUAAUGAGGGUACCAGAAUAAUUUCAGCUAGCUGAGAAAAUCACUAAGCCUUAAGUUGGCUUUCUUAAAGGUGUUGUGUUUCUUGGUCACCGUCAGUGACCUGUAUCUGUAGUUAGUCACAUUGCACUCACUGAACCUAUCUGCAGGACUUAACUUGUGUGUGCUAUGGGUAAUAUCAGUUAUUAUGGGAGAAUCUCCAAAUAGUAUGUUUUGAAAAUAAACUUCUAACAGACCUGAAGAAGAUUUGCCAAAAACUUUGUAAGUGAGCAUUUACUUGGUUUACACCAGAGUUUUACUUAAUUUUUAAUGCCUUUUUAUAGUAGUGACUAGACUUUACCUUAGAUAAGAGUACCUCUGUAUAGGAAAUAUGUUAAUAUUUUUACAAGUUUUUUUAUUAUUAUUAUUUUAAUAGAAUAGAAGCAUACAUUGUAAGGUGAGAAAUUCAACAUCAGUGUAACAAGGUUAUCGCACAGGACCUGUUUCUCCAUUGUAAGGUUUUGUAGUAGUUUAACAGCACCUUGGCCUUUGAGUAUACAUGCUAACGUGAUAAAAGAAUAAAAAACAUUAUCUACAGCUAAUGCACAUUGUAGCACAAUAUUCUCCACUGUUGCCUUAAUUUCAUAAGAGAAAUUUAUAUAGCUUUUAAUUUAUAUUCUUAAAAACAAAACAAAAAAAAGAGGCAACCUUUAGCUGCAAUUUUGUUUUGUUAGAAGACGUAACAUUAAACUAAAUGAGUACCAAGCAGGUCUACUUCCAAAGCAAGAGAUUACAUUGCAGUUUUUAGGAAUAAAUUCUCAUAGGAGUUCAGAACUUGCCACUAGUAAAAAUACUCUCCGAAGUGCCCCAGUGACCAAAAGUGUCCUAACAGCCAUAAUGUCUCCAUGUCUGAUUCAGUGUAAUCCGCAGGUCCAUUUCCCCCUCCUCCCUUCCCUUUUGUUGUUUCUUGUGUUAUUUUGUUUGUUGUUUUUUUUUUUUUUUAAUCUUUGAUUAUCUGGGGGAAAUGGCAUUCUACUUCAUUAUUUUUUUUUAAAGGGAGACACAUGCCCAUGUGUGUAAUUAGAAAUACCUACACUUCUUAUAAAUAUGGAUAUGGAUGUGCAUGAUGUGUGCUGGUUAACUAUACUUAAAAUGCUGAUAAAGAUGGUGAAUGUUAAGUAUUUGUCCUCAUUCUUCUGUCUUUCUGUGGUCAGUGUAAAUAAGACCUGCUUUAAGCUGUGUAUUAAUGUAACAGAUUAUUCCAAUAUUGUGUAUAAAAUUAAGUAAAUAUCUGACAAAUAUGCACACAAAGAAUAUAAAGAAAAGUCUUAUGUACCAAGAGUUUACUUAUGGCAGUCAAUUAAAAGCUGAAAUGAAAA